AUGGCCUCUAUGUCCCCAGGCUCUGCCACCGUUCGUGGCCAGGCAACCCGCGCCAAGCUGCUCGCCGCGGGCCGUGAGCUGAUGCUCGAGCAGGGUUUCAGCGAGGCCGGGAUCCUCGAACUGUUGCGGCGCACCGAAUUGCCCAAAGGCUCGUUCUACCAUCACUUCCGCAACAAAGAAGACUUCGGCUUGCAAGUGCUCGACGCCUUCGCCGCCGCCGGCUUCGAGCAACUGCACGAGCACCUGACAACAACCGACCGCAGCCCGCUGGCCCGGCUGCGGACCUUCUUCGACGAAGCCAUUGCCUCCUACGAACAAGCUGGUUGGCGGCAAGGCUGCCUGCUCGGGAUCUGUGCCCAGGAGCUGGCGGAGAGUAGCGAGCCUUUUCGCCGCAAGGUCGCCGCGCAUCUGGAGCAGAUGUCGGCGUUAUUUAGCUCGGCCUUGCAGCAGGCCCAGCAGCACGGUGAGAUCGACCCGGUAGGCGAUCCGGCGCAGCUCGGCCGGCGACUCGUCGACGGUUGGCAGGGCGCGUUGCUGCGGAUGAAGGUUGAUCGCCGGGGCCAGCCGCUUCGAGAAUUCGUCGAUUUUUUCUUUUCUGCAAUCCAGCUCCGCUAG